AGCUGAAGGUAUAGACCUGAUGUCACUGUUUGGGUUCUUUGUCAUUACAGGAGAAAGAAGUGAAAGCAGGCCGAAACCUCAGCACAUGGAUGACAUCAACCAAAAACAUCCAGCACCAGAAAGUAAAGAUGAGCCAGCGGCGAUCCCUGUGGAAAAGACUUUUCCUGCUAUGAAGCAGAUCAGAAGAUGCAAGCGAGCCAACAGGGAGGACAGAAGCUUGAGCUGUGAUCAGUGUGGAAAGUCUUUUACUCAGAUUGGUCACUUGAAAUCACAUCAGCUGAUCCACACCGGUGUGAAACCAUUCAGCUGUGAUCAGUGUGGAAAGACCUUUACUCUGAGAUGCAACUUAAAAAAACAUCAGCUGAUCCACACCAGUGUGAAACCAUUCAGCUGUGAUCAGUGUGGAAAGACCUUUACUCAUAGAUGGAGCUUAAAAACACAUCAGUUGAUCCACACCAGUGUGAAACCAUUCAGCUGUGAUCAGUGUGGAAAGACCUUUACUCAUAGAUGGAGCUUAAAAACACAUCAGGUCGUCCACACUGGAUUUAAAGCUUUCAACUGUGAUCAGUGUGAAAAGUCUUUUACUCAGAAAGGUCACUUAAGGAGACAUUAUAUGAUCCAUGUUGGAGGUAAAUCAUUUGUCUGUGAUCAGUGUGGAAAGUCUUUUACGGAUAGAGAUCACUUAGAGAGACAUCAGGGCGUCCACAGUGAAGUUAAACCUUUCACCUGUGAUCAGUGUGGAAAUUCUUUUACUGAGAUUGAUAGGUUAAAAAGACAUCAGCUCAUCCACAGUGGAGAGAAACCAUUCAGUUGUGAUCUGUGUGGAAAGUCAUUUACUCAGAUAGGCAAUUUAAAAGUACAUCAGCUCAUCCACAGUGGAGAUAAACCUCUCACCUGUGAUCAGUGCGGAAAGGCUUUUGCUUACGUUAGUAACUUAAAAAGACAUCAGCUCAUCCACAGUGCAGCUAAACCCUUCAGCUGUGAGCAGUGUGGAAAGUCUUUUACUCACAUUGCUGCCUUAAAAUCACAUCAGCUUAUCCACUCUGGUACUAAACAAUUUGUAUGUGGUGACUGUGGAAAGGCUUAUAUUGAGAUCGAAAGGUUAAAAUCACAUCAGCUCAUCCACUCUGGAGUUACAUCA